UGACUAUUCUCCCGGUGCACUACCCUCGGAAUAAGUAUUUUUUCUGUUUUAAAAGUUUAUAUUAUGUCCAUCUACUUGAACGAUUCUAAACCAUUCUUUAGGCUAUUCUUAGACUAAUUUGUUAGGCUAAAGACCGGCUAAGAGAUUGUAUAUUGACCAGUAUGAGCUCUUCGGACGAUGAGGUUGUUCUUUCUAAAAGAGCAAGACCAGCUAAAAACUCGUAUCAGGAAUCAGAUGAAGAAGAUGAUACUCCGUUAGCAGACAUCUCUAAUGGUAAUUUAAAAGAAGAAAGUGGUAAAAAAAGAAAAUCUUCAAGUAAGAAUUCAUCAAAACCUAAAAAACAAAAAGUUAAAAAGGAGAAAAAGGAGAAAAAGGAGAAAAAGGAAAAGCAUAAGAAAAGUAAACUGAAAACAGAAGUCAAAUCUGAAGCCAGUGAAAGUUUGCAAACUCCAGAAAGUUCACCAAUUAAAAAAAAAGCUGAAAAAGAGGAACUGAAAAGUGAAAAGGAAGAAGAUGAUGAAGAUGAUGAUAAAUUUAAAUGGUGGGAAGAUGAUACUUAUAAUGAUACUAAUAUAAAUGGUAACGGAGAGAAAAAAUGGGAUACUUUAGAACAUAAUGGUGUAAUCUUCCCACCCCCUUAUGAACCAUUACCAUCAUACGUUAAAUUAUAUUAUGAUGGGAAACCAGUUAAUUUACCAUUAGAAGCAGAAGAAGUUGCCGGAUUUUUCGCUGCAAUGUUAGAUAGCGAUCAUACAAAAAAUCCAGUUUUCCAACAAAAUUUCUUCAAAGAUUUCUUAAUAGUCUUAAAAGAAAACGGAGGAUCAAAUGUUGAAAUUACUGAUUUUAAUAGAUUAGAUUUUACUAAAAUGUUUGAUUAUUUUGUUAAAUUAAGAGAAGAGAAAAAAUCAAUGUCUAGAGAAGAUAAAAAAAGAAUAAAAGAAGAACGGGAUAAAUUUGAAGAACCUUUUAAAACUUGUUUACUUAAUGGAAGAAAAGAACAAGUUGGUAAUUAUAAAGUUGAACCUCCUGGAUUAUUCAGGGGUAGAGGUGCUCAUCCUAAAACUGGUAGAUUGAAAAAAAGAGUUUUACCAGAAGAUAUUACUCUUAAUUUAGGUAUUAAUGUUAAAAUACCUGAACCACCACAAGGUCAUAAAUGGGGGGAAAUUAGACAUGAUAAUACCGUUGCUUGGUUAGCGAUGUGGAGAGAAAAUAUCUCUGAUUCAUUUAAAUACGUUAAAUUUGCUGCUACCUCAUCCAUAAAGGGUUUAUCAGAUUUCAAAAAAUUUGAAACCGCAAGAAAUUUGAAAUAUCAUAUUGACGCAAUUAGAAAUGAUUAUACUAAGCUAUUAAAAGAUCAAUUAAUGCAAAAUAGACAAAUGGCUACUGCUACUUAUUUAAUUGAUAUUUUUGCCUUGAGAGCUGGUGGUGAAAAGGGUGAAGAUGAAGCUGACACUGUUGGUUGUUGUUCAUUAAGAUAUGAGCAUGUUACUUUAAAACCUCCAAAUAAAGUGAUUUUUGAUUUUUUGGGUAAAGAUUCAAUUCGUUUUUAUCAAGAAGUUGAAGUUGAUAAACAAGUUUUCAAAAAUUUAAGAAUUUUUAAAAAAUCUCCUAAACAACCCGGUGAUGAUUUAUUUGAUAGAAUUACUCCUUCUAUCUUAAAUAAACAAUUCCAAACUUAUAUGAAAGGUUUAACUGCUAAAGUUUUCCGUACUUAUAAUGCUAGUAAAACCAUGCAGGAUCAAUUAGAUUUAAUUAAAAAUGAAGGUACUGUUGCUGAAAAAGUUACAAAAUUUAAUGCUGCUAAUAGAACGGUUGCAAUUUUAUGUAAUCACCAGCGUACGGUUAGUAAAACUCACUCAACUUCGAUUGCCAAAAUACAGGAUCGUAUUUUGGAAUUAAAAUGGCAAAAGAAUCGUUUGAAAAAAAUUAUUUUGUUAAUUAAUCCUGAUGAAAAAUCGAAAAAUAGUAAAUUUUUCAAAGGUAUUAAUGAAUUGAAUAAAACUCAAAUUAAAAAUGUUCAUAAAAUCGUUAUUGAAAGAAUGAUUGAUCAAGCCCAAAAGAAACGAUUACGAGAAAAGGAAAAAGAAUCUUUAACUGGUACUUGUGCUUUCACUGAUGAAGAUUUAAAGAAAAAAUUAGAAUCCAUUAAAGAAUUACAACAAGAAUACGCUGAAGAAUUAGCUUCUGGUGAUCCAAAAAUUCCAAAAGGUGCUUCAGUUGAUAAAUUGAAAAAUCAAAUUGAAAAUUUAGAAAAUAGAAUCACCAACACUCAAUUUCAAUUGCAAGAUAAAGAAGAUAAUUCAGAAGUAUCCUUAGGGACAUCUAAAUUAAAUUAUAUAGAUCCAAGAUUAAUUGCAGUUUUUUCUAAGAAAUUCGAAGUGCCAAUUGAAAAACUUUUCUCAAAGACUUUAAGAGAAAAAUUCAAUUGGGCAAUCGAGUCGGUUGAUGAAAACUGGAGAUUCUAGCACCACCAAUAUACAUUCAUACUAGUACAAAA